AUGAACGAUACACGUAAUUCCUCUACACACACGUUGCCUGACAAGACAGCUGAAGCGUUGGCUGUACCUGUAUUAAUGUUUGCAGUUGGUGUCGUUGGAAAUAUAAUAGCAAUAGCCGCUCUUUCUGGAUCUAAGCAGGAGCGCAAAUCGUCCGCGUUCUUCGCCCUAGUUUGUAGUUUGGCUGUUACAGAUCUGCUUGGGACUUGUUUGGCCAGCCCAAUCACUAUAGCCACUUACCUCGAUGAAAAUGUGUUAUAUGACCAUAACCUUUGUGAAUUCCAUUCAUUUUUGUUGCUGUUCUUCGGAGUGGCUGGGCUAAGUAUUAUAUGCACAAUGUCUGCUGAGCGCUACCUCGCGAUAUGCUGCCCUUACACUUACCAAAGAUGGGGAAUUGACCAACAUUUUGCACGCAAGUGCUUGUUUUGCAUUUAUCUCAGCAACAUUGUAUUUUGUUGUCUCCCAGUGAUGGGCAUGGCUGGAAGCAUUUGUCAGCCCUCCAAAACCUGGUGCUUCAUCAACUGGAGGGCUCAUGAGCCACUGCCUGCAACCUAUUCGUUUUUAUAUGCGAGUGUGAGUUUUUUACUGAUAUUGAUGACGAUGGUACUCAACUUUGCAGUUUGUGGGACUCUGUUGAUAAUGCGUCGCAGGAAAAUCCUAAGUCCAGUUACAAGAGUGAGCACACGGGCGCGCUGGAAAGUGCUUUCCUCCGGUGUGGAAGCGCAAAUGAUGACGGUGCUCAUGGUGACCUCCGUGGUUGUUUUAGGUUGCUCAGCGCCGCUGGUGGUAAGAAACAUUUUGUCUUAAUAUUAUGUUUUCGUAUAGUUUAUCUAAGAGGGAAGCAGUAGGCCUAACAUCUCUUGUUAUUCUGCUGUAGGUACGUGUAUUGGCUAACCAGAUAACAUGGACAGAGAGUUCCCAUGCAGAUUUGAUCGCUAUUCGGAUUGCCUCAGUCAACGCCAUCCUUGACCCUUGGAUCUACAUCCUCCUGAGAAGGACUUUGUUCCAUAAGAUUCGGAGAUUCUCUAAAGUGGUUUACAGUAGUCGCAAAGGCAAAGCACCCACGUUGCCA